AUGAAACAUUUCAGCCACCCUCAUGGCUUAGAACUCUCUAAAAUUCAAGAAACAAAUGAGAAAAUCUGCUCAGGCUGUGAGAAUAAACUUUGUGGCACUGCUAAUUACAAAUGCACGAAAUCCAAUUGUGAAUUCAGCCUUCACAAAUCAUGCUUCAAAUUACCAAGAAAAGUACAACACAAUUCCCGUCCUAAUCACCCUGUCACUUUGUAUCCUACUUUACCCGAACGACGACUCUAUUUUGGUUGCAAUGCUUGCGGUGAAGAACCAAAAUUCUUUGUCUAUGAAUGGCUGGAAUGCAACUUUAGUCUCCAUGCUAAAUGGGCUACCUCUUGGGUUGAAAGUGUGACUCGUGAGGAUCAUCAACACUCUCUUGCACUCCAGUAUCAAUGGCCAUUUCCUAUUGACGAUUCUGUGUAUAUCUUUUGCAAGGUGUGCGAUGGACUUUGCAAUGAUAGCAAAUGGCUUUAUUAUUGUGCCGAGUGUAAACUUGGCACGCACUUGAAAUGUGUGACGGUUAAAAUGGAAAAUAGUUCGAGCCUUAAGAACGAAGAAAAAGAAGACGAAGAAGAGGAACAGCUGAAUAAUGAGGAAAGAUUGAUGAUGGCGACGAUUAGGGCUCAAGGACAUCAGGCAAGGCUUAAUUUUCAAGCUCAAAUGGCCUAUCAGAACGCCCAAUUCUUUAACAAUAUGUGGCGUAGUUCUCAUCGUUAUUAUUAA